CUGCUGAUUUCCUUCACUGAAAAUCCGAGCGCUCCACUCUAUGAAGGGCUCUUUUACUCAGUGGGUCUCUUCGUCUCCGCUUUGCUUCGAUCUCUUUUCUUCAACAACUACUACACUGUUAUGUUCCGUGUGGGGACGAAAAUUCAAAGCAUACUCACCGCUGUCGUCUACAACAAGACCCUCCGGCUUUCAAACUCAUCAAGACGCUUGAAAACUCAUGGUGAAAUAGUAAAUUUGAUGGCGAUUGACGUCGACCGGUUUCGUCUAAUCACACCUCAACUUCAGCAGUACUGGAGCAGCCCUUUACAGGUGAGACUUAUUUCGUAA